AGCAGCCGUACAACACCUGCCACCCUUGGACGGCCCCACGACUGGAAGACGAGUCAAACGAGUCGCCUCUCUCUCUCUCUCUCUUCGCCCAAUACCGAAGCCUUCUAUCUCGCCCGAUCCGUCGAUCCUUCCUUCCCCGCCCUCCGCCGAUCGUUCGCCUCAAUCGGCUGCCUUUCUCGGAGACCUCGGCGGCGGGGAGCGGAGGGCAUCGGGCGCGAGCCAGGCAUGGGUCCAGUGGCAGCGGAAAAUUAGGGUUUCCGAGUCGAUAAAGAUCCCAAAGAAGAGUGGCAGCGAGCGGAUUCUCUGAAAAGAUGGCAGAAAGUUGGGAUGGGAACCUCGACUCUGGUAGCCGUUCUGAUGAGAGCUAUCGUGACAGUUUACAUGUCGAGCCUAUUUAUGACGCAUUUCUUUGUCCUCUCACGAAGGAAGUUAUGUGGAAUCCUGUUACCAUAGAGAAUGGGCAGACUUUUGAGCGAGAAGCAAUUGAGAAAUGGUUCAGGGAAUGCAGGGACAGUGGAAAGAGGCCAACCUGUCCAUUGACACAGAAAGAGUUAAAGAGCACUGACCUAAAUCCCAGUAUUGCCCUGAGAAACACCAUUGAAGAAUGGACCAAAAGGAAUGACGCUGUUCAGGUUGACAAAGCAUGUAGAAUACUGUCUCCAGGGAGCCCAGAGGUUGAUGUUUUACAGGCCCUUAAUCACAUUGCACAUAUUUGCCAGAAAAGCAGGUCGAACAAGCAUGUUGUGCGCAAUGCAGAGUUAAUACCAAUGAUAGCUGAGAUGCUGAAGCAUGGCAGCACGAAAGUGCGAAUAAAAGCACUAGAAACUCUUCGCAUCGUAGCUGAAGGGGAUGAUGAUAACAAGGAUGUUAUAGCUGCGGGGGACACCAUCCGUACAAUCGUGAAAUUUUUGUCACAUGAACAUUCCCAAGAGAGGGAGGAAGCUGUGUCAUUAUUGUAUGAGCUUUCAAAGUCUGAAUUAUUAUGUGAAAAGAUUGGUGGAGUUGGUGGAGCAAUUCUGAUAUUGGUUGGGAUGGCAAGUAGUAAAUCAGAAAACAUUUCAACUGUAGAGAAAGCUGAUAAGACAUUGCAAAAUCUGGAGAAGUGUGAAAAAAAUGUGAGGCAAAUGGCUGAAAAUGGCAGACUGCAGCCACUUCUUACACUUCUCCUGGAAGGUUCAGCUGACACGCAAUUGUCCAUGGCUUCCUACCUUGGAGAGCUUGUUUUGAGCAAUGAUGUGAAAGUCUUUGUAGCCCAAACAGCAGGUUCGGCACUAGUUGAUGUAAUGAAAAGUGGGAGCAAGCAAGCUAGAGAAGCUACCCUCAAGGCUUUGAAUCAGAUAUCCUCUUAUGAAGGUAGUGCAAAGAUACUUAUUCAAGCAGGCAUCCUCCCCCCGCUUGUCAAGGACCUAUUCACUGUAGGCAUUAACCAGCUACCAAUGAGGCUGAAAGAGGUAUCUGCAACAGUUCUUGCCAACAUUGUGUCUUCUGGUGCUGAUUUUGAGUCCAUCCCCCUUGAUCAAGAUCAUCGGACUUUAGUUUCUGAAGACAUUGUUCACAAUCUCCUCCAUCUGAUUAGUAACACUGGGCCUGCAAUUGAAUGCAAGCUCCUUCAAAUUCUUGUUGGGCUCACAAGUUCUUCCACCACUUUCAUGAAUAUAGUUGCUGCAAUAAAAAGCUCCGGUGCUACCAUUAGCCUCAUUCAGUUUGUUGAAGCUCCACAGAGGGAUGUGCGAAUGGCUUCUAUAAAACUUUUGCACAAUAUUUCACCUGAUAUGGGUCAAGAGCUGGCUGAUGCUUUUCGUGGUACUGCUGGCCAGCUCAGCAGCUUGAUUAAUGUCAUUGCAGAGAACAACGGUAUCUCUGAAGAGCAAGCAGAUGCUGUCGGUCUACUGGCUAACCUUCCUGAGAGGGACUCUGAUUUAACCAGGAGGCUUCUGGAUGAAGGGGCCUUCAAGAUAGUGGUCUCCAAAGUGACAAGUAUCAGGCAAGGGAUCACUCGUGGGGGGGGCCGUUUUGUCACUCCUUUUCUCGAAGGGCUCGUUAAGGUUCUCUCAAGACUCACAUACAUUCUGGAGGGUCAACCUGAGAUCAUUGCUCUUGCUCGUGAAUACAAUCUUGGUGCACUUUUUACUGAUCUGCUUCAGAUGAAUGGGCUUGAUAACGUGCAAACAGUCUCUGCACAGGCACUGCAGAAUCUCUCCAAGCAAUCAAGACAUCUGACAAGGAUCCCAGUUGUUCCGGAACCAGGAUUCUGUUGUACUAUAUUUCCUUGUCUGGGUAACCCGCCGGUUAUUAAUGGGCUGUGCCGAGUCCAUCAUGGUUUCUGUUCAGUAAAGGAUAGCUUCUGCUUGUUGGAAGGGAGGGCAGUAGAGAAGCUGGUAGCUUGUUUAGAUCAUGCUAAUGUGAAGGUUAUUGAGGCUGCCUUGUCAGCUUUGUGCACUCUGUUGGAUGAUGGGGUGGACAUUGAACACGGAGUGUCAGUCUUGGAUGAUGCGGAUGGGAUUAAACCGAUUCUAGAGAUAUUGCGAGAGAAUUGCACAGAGACACUCAAGCAGCAAGCUGUGUGGGCAGUUGAGAGGAUUUUGAGGAAAGAGGAGAUCGCUUAUGAGAUUUCAGGAGAUCAAAAUGUCGGGACAGCAUUGGUUGAUGCAUUUCGUCACGGGGACUAUAGGACGAGGCAGAUCGCAGAGCGAGCACUGAAGCAUGUGGAUAAGUUGCCCAACUUCUCUGGGGUCUUCCCAAAGAUGGGGUGAUGAGAGGUUGAAGGAUGGAAGUGUCCUGGUGAGGAGUUAAGAGGCUGUUGAUUUUAUGGUGUUAAUUUAUGUUUGGACCGUCGAGGGCUUCAGUCAAAAGACUCGGUUGUGGUGUUUACAAAAACAUCACAUCUGCACCAAAAGAUGCACACAAAUUGCUUAGCUUCUCCAGAAUCUCCAACGUUGAACUGAUGGCUGCAACAAAUCAGAUGCUUUGAUUGUAUGUAUGUUUGUGACUUUGUCCAUUGUUGUUUGUUUUUCUUUACAAACUGGUCAGCAAUCCUUGUAUGUGCAUAUUCUUUUUCUCUGAAUGAAUUAGUGUGAAUUACGAAUUGCUACU